AUGUACCACACCCAGCAUAGCCAUGCAAAACGCAACUAUGAGAUUGCACCGAAGGGCAAAGAAUUGAGCAGCGAGAGCGACACAGCCAAUGAAAUAACUCUCGACGAGUUCCUUGCUCAACGUCACAUGAAGAAGAAGAAGAAGAAUGCUGCCAUUGCUGCUACUAGUGCCGCAGUGCAGUCCACCACCAGCACGAGCAUGCUCGCAGCUCCUCCAUCACACCCAGUCAGUUUCAAAAUCGCCAACGACGCCACACCCAAUGUAGAGAGUGCAGCUAUGGCGCAUAUAGUCACUGCAACCUUGACGUCUGAUAGUGACCGAGGCUCUCUGCUCGGCAGUGUCGUACCACACAGUCCCGACCAUCUAUCCACGCCACCAACUUCUUCUACUGCAGAGUCCUUGCCGGGUACAUCCCUUUUAUUCCCAGCCCCCACCGCUAUCUUUGCCGCUGCACUGAGUCCUGCCGCAGAUGCCAUUGCACCAUCACUGCCCGAGAUCCCGAAGGAUAACAACUACUCUGUGGGCCACACCUCGGCAGAUUAUUCGGACUCUGGUCCAGGGUCACAGGCUGCCGGAAUCGACGUCCAAGACCAAAGUAUUGGGCUGAUCUCAGAUCCCAGCAAGCUCUCACUUCCCGGUGUUCCAGAACGCCUUUCGCAGGUGGUACCUGAAGACGUCAAUACCAACACGGAUGCCCAUGGUGCUGAAUUAAUUGCUGAUCUCGGAGCAGCUGAAGACGUCAAUGUCUGCAUUCCAGAUCCUGGUGAGCCUGCGCUCCCUGAUGUUCUGGAGCAACCUUCGCGGACGGUACUGGCAGAGGACCUGCAAGUCACUGCGGCGCAGCCGCAACAGUGGCCGCAUCAGGUCUUUGAGCAUAAGCUCUCUGCGCACAAAGCCAUCAAGUCCUCCCGCGAUCUUUGGUUCUGGAGGCCAAUAAUGCUCCUUUGCGCCUUCCUGCACUCGGAGCACUCAGUAUCCCAUCGCGCCAUCAAUAUUCUCAUUACAGUUCUUCACUAUCUCUUCACUGUCUUUGGUUUCGUUGACCAGAAAACCGACGUACCGCAGACUCUGAGGACGACAGUAAAGCAGCUUGAUCUCGGUGACAACUUUGCCGUCUACCUCAUGUGCCCCUCAUGUUGCCGCUGUCAUGCACUAUAA